AUGGCCGUGUUACGAUCCUUCGCCGUCGCCUUGGCCAGUGUUGCGCUGCUGGCUCCAACCACACCGGCACACUCGAUAAAGCGUAAUCCUGUCCGUUACAUCACGACAGUCGAAGAAGCCGUCAUCCACACACCCUCUCACCGUGCCCACGCUUUCUCCUCAUUUGACCUCACAUUUACCUUGCACAAUGGCCAGCAAAGGAUCCGGCUCGCCCUGGAACCAAAUCACGACGUGCUUCACCAAGAUUUUGCCAUCACCCAUCUGAACGAGAAUGGUUCCGUGCGAGAGGUGAACAGGGUCCCUCGGUCCGAAGACAGGGUUUACCGUGGGGACGCCUUCAUAGAACGUCAAGGGAUCGACGGAUGGUCCAAGGCUGGCUGGGCUCGCCUUUCCAUUCACCGAGACGGCCCGCAUCCCCAGUUCGACGGCGCCUUCCGCAUCGACGGGGACAACCACCACAUCAUUCCCCGAUCAGAGUACCAGGCCAUGAAGGAUGACCGGGAUCCUGCCGUGCAUCCCUCGGCCGCAGCGGACGCCAUGAUCGUCUGGCGCGACUCGGACGUCGCAGACGACGACGAGCAUAAUGCAGAGCUGAAGCGAGACACCGCAGGGACCUCGCGUUGCUCCGCAGACUCGCUCGAGUUCAACGGCAACCUGGGACUGCAAGCAGAAGACGACGGCAGGUCGUCGGGCUAUCGGUCCUUGUUUGGGCGCCAAAUCGACGAUGGCGGCGGUGGCGGAACCGGCCUCAACUUGCUGGACUCGAUCGGGUCGACAACUGGCUGUCCGACGACGAAAAAGAUUGCCCUGGUCGGCGUCGCCACGGACUGCAACUACUUCUCGGCCUUCAACAGCACCGACGCUGUCAAGAAGCAAAUCAUCAGCAUCGUCAACAAGGCGUCGGAAAUCUACGAGCGCACCUUUAAAAUCUCGCUGGCCAUCAAGAACCUCACCGUCAUCGACCGAGGCUGCACCGGGACUGCGCCUGCCAGCACGCCAUGGAACGUCAAGUGCAGCGACAACGUGACGAUUAACGACCGGCUCAACAGCUUUUCCAAGUGGCGCGGCGAGUCGCGGGACGAAAACGCCUACUGGACCCUGUUCACGACGUGCGCGUCGCAGACCGCCGUCGGCCUCGCGUGGCGAGGCAUGCUCUGCCGAUCCGCCUCGGGCCCGUCAGGGGACAGGGACAGCAGCGGCACCAACGACACGGUCGCGGCCACCAACAUCGUGGUCAGGGCCGACACGGAGUGGCAGAUUUUCGCCCACGAGUCCGGGCACACGUUUGGGGCCGUCCACGACUGCGUGCCGGAGACGUGCCCGGCCGCCGCAUCGUCCCAGGCCUGCUGCCCCCUGAGCAAGAGCCACUGCGACGCGGGCGGCAAGUACCUGAUGAACCCCUCGACGAGCAAGGGCGUGACCGACUUCUCCCCCUGCAGCAUGGGCAACAUCUGCGCGGGGCUCCGGUCCAACAUGGUCAAGGGCAACUGCCUGACGGACAACAAGAACGUCGAGACGAGCGCGGACAUUGGGAGCCGGUGCGGCAACGGCAUCGUGGAGGCGGGCGAGGACUGCGACUGCGGCGGCGAGGCGGGCUGCGGCGGCAACAGGUGCUGCGACGCCAAGACGUGCAAGUUCGCGGCCAACGCGCAGUGCGACCCGGGCAACGAGGACUGCUGCACGGAGCAGUGCCGCUUCGCCCCGAGCGGCGCCGUGUGCCGGCCCAGCAUGGGGGAGUGCGACGUGGCCGAGACGUGCCCGGGCGACAGGGCGGCGUGCCCCGAGGACAAGCACAAGAGCGACGGCGAAGCCUGCGGCGGCGGCGGCGGCGACGGCGACGGGCGGAAGUGCGCGUCCGGCCAGUGCACGUCGCGCGACCUGCAGUGCCAGCACAUGGCGAGCAGCCUGACGGGCCGCAACAACACGCAGGCCUGCCCGGACGCCAGCGACUGCUCGCUGUCGUGCUCGUGGCCCGGCCUCCCGCCGAACCAGUGCGUCAGGUACAACCAGAACUUUGCCGACGGCACCGGCUGCGGCGCGGGGGGCCGCUGCGCCGCCGGCCAGUGCCAGGGCAGCUCGACCUGGCAGGAGAUUGGGCAGUGGAUCGCCAACCACAAGGCCAUCUUCAUCCCCGUCGCCGUCGUGGCGGGCUGCCUGGUGGCGGUGGCCCUUGCCAGCUGCGCCUGCGGCCUCGCCAGACGGUGCGCGCGCCGACGCCGUCGCCGGCGCAGCCCGACCCCCGGCGCCCCGGACAUGCUGAGCACCGGCUGGCCGGCCCCGGCGGCCUCGUCGGGGGGUCUGGUCCCGCACCCCGGCCACGGCGGGUAUCCGCCGGGGUAUCCGCCGGUGUAUCCGCCGGGGCCGCCGCCACUGGCGCGCGGCCCGCACAGCGCGAGGUACGCCUGA